AUGGAGAAAGGAGGAGAAUUAAACAUUGCUUCCGAGCACUUGGAGUCUCAAGAUGAACAUUCAGAUACAUCGCGACAACCUGCCACCGCCACCGCCGUGGCUGCGCAGAUGACGGAGGAACACAAGAAUUAUAUUCUUAAACGCCAUAAAACCCUCGACCUAGAUCCAAUGCCUUCUGCCGACCCGAACGAACCGUAUAACUGGCCUCGAUGGAAGUCCCGCAUCAAUCUUUUUCUGAUUGCCUUCCAUGCCCUUAUGAUUGGAUUCGUGGCUGGCUCUCCUAUUCCCGCCUUUGAAGCAUUUUCCAAUGACUUUGAUGUAUCUAUCGAUGCUGCUGCCUAUAUUGUUUCCAUCCAGGCAAGACUAUCCACACCACUGCGCAAAAGAUAA